CACGUCGCCCAGGCAGUCAAGAUGGCGGCGGCGGAGGGGAGCGGCGCCGGGGGGCCGUUGUUUGCAGGUCUCGCAGAUGUGUCGAUAUCUGAAGACAUUCCAGUGGAAGGGGAGAUUACUGUUCCUGUCGGAUCUGGCUCUCCUGAUGAAGACUACUCCACCCUGGAUGAGCCUGUUAGGGAUACUAUUAUGAGAGAUCUGAAGGCUGUUGGGAAGAAAUUUGUCCAUGUCAUGUAUCCGAAGAAGAGUAGUGCGCUCCUCAGAGACUGGGAUCUUUGGGGCCCUUUGGUGCUUUGUGUCUCACUUGCGCUGAUGCUUCAAGGUGGAUCAGCAGAUAGUAAAGAUGAUGGAGGGCCCCAGUUUGCUGAGGUCUUUGUCAUCAUCUGGUUUGGUGCAGUUGUCAUCACGCUAAACUCAAAGCUUCUCGGAGGAACUAUAUCCUUUUUUCAGAGCCUGUGCGUUCUGGGUUACUGUGUCCUGCCCCUGACAGUAGCAAUGCUGGUCUGCAGGCUGGUACUGCUGGCGGGUUCUGGGACUGUCAGCUUCAUUAUACGUCUUAUUGUAGUAGUAGCUAUGUUUGGUUGGUCAACGUUAGCAUCUACAGCUUUCCUGGCAGACAGUCAGCCUCCAAACCGCAAAGCUCUUGUUGUGUACCCCAUCUUCCUCUUCUACUUUGUUAUCAGCUGGAUGAUUCUUACCUUCACACCUCAGUGAUCUCUGAUCAGAAGAGAAGAGACUCUAACACGGACUGAAGUUUUUUCAUGAAUGUUGCAGUUAAUCAUUGGCUUUAUCUCUUUCUAAUUUAUAAAUAUAUAUAGAUACUGUAAAAAGGCAGGUUAUGGGAUAAAGCCAGAGAACUGCAAAAAUUGGUCAUUUGUGUGUCCCUCUUUUUGAAAGAUACGGAGGUCCAGCUGCUGAGGGGAUUUUUAUUUAGCCCUACUCUUUAGUUGUGUUAAAUAAAAAAUGCCUGCUGUGACAGGGAGUAUUCCGCCUGAGGAACAGAGCGGGUGAUCCCGGAAUUCCGAGACGUUGGGUAGAUGAAGGUGAAGUUACAGGAUCACACGAUUUGGCAGAGUUCUUGCUUGUGCUUGGAUUCUCACUGAAGAUGAAUAUGCCUUAUGAAGUAAUGGAACUUCAUUGCUGUUAUGUGUUGGGUAGGGAAGAAAUGUGUUUGACUCCUGUUCUUUUUCAUUCACUUAGAGUGGAGAAAUGUAUAUAAAGUGCAUCAUAGGACUGUGAGCUUUCAGUUGAAAUCAGAUUUCAGCAAAAAAUAAGUUGGGUCCAUUUUGCAGUUAAUUGGAGCUGGGCGGAAGGGAACUGCUUUUGCUCAUAUUCAUGUAUUGUGUAUUUAUGUUUCAUCCCUUCAUAUGUCAAGAAAGAGCAUUUCAGCCAAAUGCCUUCAACACCAUAGUUACACUGACUAACCCAUCUAUCGCGUGAGAGGGAGCGUGUUUACGCUGGAUAGUUACAAAUCUUUUCAUGUGGCCAUAGAUUAGAGAGUUAAGUCCUGGAGAAACAGUUGAGACUGGUUUGCAACAGGGACUUAGCUGUCACUCUGCAUACAGAGAAUGGAAAAUUGGCUGGAGAGUACCAAGUAAAGUGUGUAUGUGUAUAUAUAUGUUAAAAAAAUCUCUAAAGUUUGUGAAGUAAGUUGAGGUUUUGACAUGUAAGAUGUUUGGGUGCUAACAUACCCCACCAGGACUUAAUGCCCGGAAGUUUUAAAAUGGGUUGGAGGAAGGAAACUAAUCAUGAUGAAUACGGUGGCUGCUGGGAAGUAGGAUAUGAAUUCCAGUCUUAACUGCUUGUAUGUGACUUCUCAUUUGGUUGUUUACAUGGACAGCGUUUCAACAUAAAUGCAUACAAAUUUGCAUAUUGUUUCUUUGUACUUACAAUGAGAUGUGAGAAACUUUAGUGGUUUUUUAGUUUUGUUUUUUUUUUUUUUGCUUAAUAUCUUUUAUAAAAGGGAGGAGGUUUUCUUCUCCAAGUCUCUGUAGGUGCAGUUGCGUACCUUUCCUGAAGAACCAUACAUAGGUGUACAAGUGUGCCGCUUAUAUUUCAGCAUAGGGAUUGAGACCUGGAGAAUUGCUUUUUGAAAACUGUACAGAAAUUAUUUAUGUUGUCCAUUAUUUUCAGUAAGCAAUCCAAGGGGAGAGCUUUGAAACAUGUGGGAGUGAAAAAGCUGCUGUUGAAAAUUUCGUCACUUUUCCUGAAAAUGAACAUUGUAUUUUCUUUUUCCUAUAGUAGUGCAGAUAGACUUGAAAUUGAUGUACGUGGGUCCUGCUGAGGUGUAAAUAUGCCUCAUUUAUGUACAAAAGUGCAGUUUCUGCUAUAAACACUAUAAGUAUUUGACAGUUGGGAUGGAAAUUUCUAAAUGUGCAGAUUAAAUGUACAUUUUUGCAUUUCUGGGAGUGUGGAGAAGAGGGAAGGAAAAAUCAGUUGCUCUUGGCAGGGACCCAGCUUUGCUGCAGAGCAGUCAUUACCAGCCGGUGUGUGUGAUGCUGACGGCUGUUCUCGCUGCCUGCCGUACACCUUUGUCCGUGGCUGUUCUAAGGUGCUGCGAGAGGAGCUGUAGCAUUUCAUAGGCAUGGGUAUACAAUGAAAAUGGGGAAUUUUUAAACUUCCAUGAAAUUGUUACUGGUAUGGAAUGUGAUUUUUCUUUUAAGUGCGCAGUUUUCUGUUCAUUUAAAUGUUAGUUGAGCUUUAUGAAGCUAAAAAGAAAUAUUCAAGGGAAGUAGAUAGUAAUGCUGUUGGUGGCUGCAGUGGUAUUCUUUGAGCCAAAUCUUUCUUUCCUGCUGCGGCACAAGAAUUUAACCAUACUUUUAGAGAAAUCCUUGGAAUUCUAUCUCUGUAGUGUCCUGUGACUUAAGUUGGUAUUCUGUCUGAAAGAUAAUUGGAGUAACAUUUAAUUGAUCCAGUAUCUUUUUGAAAAGAAGUAAAAUUCUUUUUAAGAAGAAUGAACAUCCCAGCUUUUUCCUUGCUUGUUUUUGACUUAGAUGUAAGUCUCGUGAUGGUUUGUUCUGUAACAUUGCUCUUGGCUUAUACAAGAGAGAAGAAAAUUAUUUUUACAUUAACCAGAUUUACUUUUCAGCUGGUCACCGAAGUUUUUAGUCAAGAGGUGUUUUUAAUCUGAAAGCGUAGUCAGAAAUAUACUGGUUCUAUGGUGAAGGUGUGAUUUUUUUUUUUCUUUUUUUUUUUUUAUUACUUUGGUUUGUUUUUUGACUCAUGGUAAUCCUUCUUUAGUAUGGAAGCCAUCAUCUUCUAAAGCUGUAAAAUCUUUAAGUGGAUUUAUAUCACUAAAGAUGUAACUUGCCCUAAGGUUUUAGCUGGCAGGAUGCAGGCAGGAAACUAGAUUUUCUGAGUUUUCAUGCCUCCAGUUGAAUGAAGAUGCACUUCUUACGCAUAGUGGGUUUUUUAAUCGGUGUUUCCUCUAGCAGAGAGUAGAGGAUGUUAAUGUCCUCGGCCAGGAAUUAUAAUUGCUGUAGCUCGUUGCCUGAUUCACCUUGUCCUCUCAGCUUUCUGUCGUGUGAGAUCUGCUUGGUGCCAAUACACUUAAAAGCACGUAGUAUACCUUGUCAAAAAUAAUCCCCCCCCC